GAAGUCGGUACUUGAAAUGAGCCACAUGUAUACAAGUUAGACAAUGAACAUUUCUUUAUAAACUAGGUGUUAUUUGUUUAAAACAGUCUGCCCUGCGGGAUUAACUGUGUGUCAUUUAACUAACUUUAAAAACAGGCUGAGAAAACAUGCCUGAAAUAAAAGUUACACCUCUGGGUGCUGGACAGGAUGUCGGCCGCAGCUGCAUCCUCGUCUCCAUCGGAGGCAAAAACAUCAUGCUCGACUGUGGGAUGCACAUGGGAUACAAUGAUGAUAGACGGUUCCCAGACUUUUCCUAUAUCACGCAGAAUGGGCGCCUGACAGACUUUUUGGACUGUGUGAUCAUCAGCCAUUUCCACCUGGACCACUGCGGCGCUCUGCCCUUCAUGAGUGAGAUGGUGGGCUACGACGGACCCAUCUACAUGACCCAUCCCACCAAGGCCAUCUGCCCCAUCCUGCUGGAGGACUUCCGGAAGAUCACCGUCGACAAAAAGGGAGAAACCAACUUCUUCACCUCGCAGAUGAUCAAGGACUGCAUGAAGAAAGUUGUACCUUUGAACCUCCACCAAACUGUCCAGGUGGAUGAUGAGCUGGAGAUCAAGGCGUACUAUGCAGGCCAUGUCCUGGGAGCUGCCAUGGUGCACAUCAAAGUGGGAUCAGAGUCUGUGGUCUACACGGGAGACUACAACAUGACACCAGACAGACAUUUAGGUGCUGCGUGGAUCGAUAAGUGCCGUCCAGACAUCCUCAUUUCAGAGUCUACGUACGCCACCACCAUCCGUGACUCGAAGAGAUGUAGAGAGAGAGACUUUUUGAAGAAAGUGCACGAAUCCAUAGAAAGAGGAGGAAAGGUUCUCAUUCCAGUUUUUGCCCUCGGAAGAGCACAAGAACUCUGCAUCCUAUUGGAAACAUUUUGGGAGAGAAUGAACCUGAAGGCCCCGAUCUACUUCUCCACCGGCCUGACGGAGAAAGCAAAUCAUUAUUACAAGCUUUUCAUCACAUGGACCAACCAGAAGAUCCGAAAAACAUUCGUACAGAGAAACAUGUUUGAGUUUAAGCACAUCAAGGCCUUUGAUCGCUCCUAUGCUGAUAAUCCUGGGCCCAUGGUGGUGUUUGCUACACCGGGAAUGCUGCACGCAGGUCAGUCUCUGCAGAUCUUUAAGAAAUGGGCCGGCAAUGAGAAAAACAUG